CUGAUUGGCUCGGCGGCUCUCGAGCUGGUCCUGCCGGAGCUGUAAAAGAGAGGAAGCGCAGAGCGCCAGGCAAUGGCAGCAGAGUUGCACGAGGUGGACUUCAUACGCGCGCAUGCCAAUGAGGCUACAGAGUCCUCUGUUUCUGUAUAUACCCUCUCUUCUAUUCAAGAGCUCCAGAUCUACUCUGCGUCUCAAUCGAGACUUCCGCUCCUGCACAUGCUACACACACUUUCUAAGUAACACCACAUAUCCAUCUCCACCCCACUACUACUUAUCUGUCUCCAUCCAGACAGCCACAUCUACCAUUACAAAUCCUCCGACCACCAAAACCGUCAAACCGUCAAACCUCUGUCUCAUCGACCACACCACGGACCUCCGACAUCUGAAACAUCGGACUCCGCGACCUCGCUGAUGCCAUGCAGCACAGGCGAAUUAUUAUGCCCGAACAUACAAGGCUACUAAAUAAGCUUUUCGCGUGACCGGGUUCUUGGGACGGGGAUGGUUUAUCAGUGGAGAUGUGAGGGAGGGGACGUGUCACG